UCCCGACCAAUUACCUUUUUCAUCCUCAAAUACUCUUUGGUACUAGAUUUCUGCAAUUUAGCUCUUUGGCUUCCUAUACCCUAGUAGUCAAUUAUGGACCUGUCUCGCUAUUUAUAGAAGAGCAUGACUAUGGGCAACACGGAGUCCAAUGAAACUCCUGAAGCUCCUGAAACGCCCUUAUUGCUCCAACUUCCUGUCGAACUUGUCAUGAUGAUUGUAGAAAAUCUUAAGCUUCACGACCACCUUUUUCUGAGCCAAACUUGUUGGGACCUGCGGGCACUUCUAACCUCCUCGUGCACAACGGGGGUUGCUUCAUUAUGCCGGUCAGGUCGUGAGCGGGAGGCAUUCGUCACAGGGCUCAUUGGCUAGCAACCUGGCAAGUUGCUGUGCAAGGGUUGUAGACAAGAGAGGGAAGUGGAUAUAUCAGACCUCCCAAGACCUCUGCCUAGGACGUAGCUUUUACGACUUUCCGCUCCACCGGGAUUGCCG